CGUGUCAAGCGUCAGUACGACGGUCCUCCCGCCUUCUAUGCUCCUGGAGGUGUUAAUGAUGAUAACGAAUUGCAGGCACCCCUGAUGAUGGAUUUGCUGCACAAUCUGACGACUGUCAACGGACCCAAGGGACGCUGUGGCAUCUGUGCGCGGAGGUAUCGUGUCCUGCAGGAUCUGCGCUAUAAGGCCAGCGAGGAGUGUCGCCGGUAUUCCAACAGUCGACAGGCCUCCCUCGGCGACAUCACUGAAUUCUAUCAUACUGGUCCUUCUACCCUUAACGAUAACCGGGCCUUUAAACGUUCCCUCCGCAUCUUAGGUGUAUCCCCCGCGCGUUACUUAAAUGCGCAUAGGGUAACAGACGGGGUUGGACACCUUGAUGCGCCCUGCUUUAAAUCGGAGUGGGAGUCGAGACUAUAUCAGCAGCUUGUGGUCCGCGUCUUCCAAGAUCUGACCCCUCCUCCCCCGUUUCGGUGA